AGUUGAUUGUUGGCUUUGGGGCCAGAAGGUCGUCUGAGGAGGCCGGGGAGGCUGCCUACCCUGUCCCUUUGCCUGCUGCUGGGACCAUGGGGGCUGGGGCCAGCGCUGAGGAGAAGCACUCCAGAGAGCUGGAGAAGAAGCUGAAAGAGGAUGCUGAGAAGGAUGCCCGCACUGUGAAACUGCUGCUUCUGGGUGCCGGUGAAUCCGGGAAGAGCACUAUUGUCAAACAGAUGAAGAUUAUCCACCAGGACGGGUAUUCGCUGGAGGAAUGCCUCGAGUUCAUUGCCAUCAUCUACGGCAACACUCUGCAGUCCAUCCUGGCCAUCGUUCGGGCUAUGACCACGCUCAACAUUCAGUAUGGAGAUUCAGCCCGGCAGGAUGAUGCCCGGAAGCUCAUGCACAUGGCAGAUACUAUUGAGGAAGGCACAAUGCCCAAGGAGAUGUCAGACAUCAUUCAGCGCUUGUGGAAGGACUCGGGUAUCCAAGCUUGCUUUGACCGAGCCUCAGAAUACCAGCUCAAUGACUCCGCCGGCUACUAUCUCUCAGACCUAGAGCGUCUGGUGACUCCAGGAUAUGUGCCCACUGAGCAGGACGUGUUGCGUUCUCGUGUCAAAACCACUGGUAUUAUCGAGACUCAAUUCUCCUUCAAGGACCUCAACUUCAGAAUGUUCGAUGUGGGCGGGCAGCGUUCCGAGCGCAAAAAGUGGAUCCACUGCUUUGAGGGUGUGACGUGCAUCAUUUUCAUCGCUGCGCUGAGCGCUUACGACAUGGUGCUGGUGGAGGACGACGAAGUGAACCGAAUGCACGAGAGCCUGCACCUGUUCAACAGCAUCUGCAAUCAUCGCUACUUCGCCACAACGUCUAUCGUGCUCUUCCUCAACAAGAAGGACGUUUUCUCCGAGAAGAUAAAAAAGGCACACCUCAGCAUCUGCUUCCCCGACUACGAUGGACCUAACACUUACGAGGAUGCCGGCAACUACAUCAAAGUGCAGUUCCUGGAGCUUAACAUGCGACGUGAUGUGAAGGAGAUCUAUUCCCACAUGACGUGCGCUACCGACACACAGAACGUCAAGUUUGUCUUUGACGCUGUCACCGACAUUAUCAUCAAGGAGAACCUCAAAGACUGCGGGCUCUUCUGAGGUACCUGAAUUCAGGUGUGUCUCUUGCCCUGAGAUUCUGUAGCCCUGCAGCCCUGUAGCCCUGUAGUCCCCUCAAAUACCGUCCUUUCCACAAGCUGCUGCUCUUGUAGCCACACACCCAAAGGCAUGAGGCUUGCAGUGCAGACCCUCCCCCAAGUACCCAACUCGACCCUGCUUUUCACCGCCUGGCUGCACUGGCCUCUUGGACCUACAGCAGCCAGCCUGAGCUAGGACACCUCAGGACUUGGGACAGCUGGAACUCACAGUGACUCAGCAGUGCCCUAGUGACCCGUCUGUCUCCAGCCUCUUCUGCUACCCCCAGCAGCAGCAGCAGCUCACCAGCAGAUCCCCAUUCCACAAACAGCCCUCCCUCACCAGUUUCCACGAAGGACUUGAGGUAUCCCUCCCUCAAGCAGUAGGCCGGUCCAGCCUGCUACCUGCAUAUGACAAGUCCAACACGUGUCCACCCAGUGGUUAGUGACUGUCCCUCCCAGUAGCCUGAGGACUCCAAAGUCCAAGCUCUGGUUUUUGAAGCCUCGUAUAGAGAAGUGAGUGACUUUGACGUGGGUGCCAGGGAAAGAAAGACACAAGCCAAACCCAUUCCCGAACAUCAGACUCAGGGUUUCUCCAGUCCCUUCUCCCUCUGGGUCUUGCCCCUCUGUCCUUGGACACUUCCACACCACACCUCAUCCACCCACACACAAUACUCAGGGCUGGCUGGUCAAGGUAUGCUGUAUUGAAGGAGGGUAUUAUUGACAUAGCUAUGACCAAUAAUGAAGCCAUGCUGAGGGGUGGCUCAGAGCAGAGUCCAACCCCUAUUGAUCAACCAUGGGCAAAGAAUAUCCCAUGUGAGGUUACAGGCAAUUCCAUGUGACCAUGUUGUCCCUCCUGAUUCAGGGCCCAUUCCUUAGGAGGGAGAACUGAAAACCAGGCCUAAACCAUUAGAGACAAUGUCCCCCAACCCCCAGCCACUUCUACAACCUUUGCUUAAGCCUGUGGACCAGAGCCAGUGCUGCUGGAAGAGGCAAGAUGCUUCUGGACAGCAAGACUAGGGCACAACCUCUCCCUCCCUUAGCUAGCUGCAGACUCAGCAAUAAACCUUUGCACCAGAUCUGCUGUCCUUCCUUGGGUCGGCGGGGGAAACUCAA